AUGGUCUCUAUCAAGUCUGCUCUUAUAGCUCUUGCGAUGUCCACCACCGCGCUGGCUGGCGUGAGUUAUGGGGGACAGCUAAAUAAGGGGUUCGUCCAAAUUGGCACAGCCGAGAUCGUGGGCGUGCGCAAUGGCGGUAUGUCUGAAGAAGAUUCAAGCUCAUGGUGCGGGCAUAUUGCGGACGCUGCGCAGGAAAUUCUUGACCAGUGUGGCGAGGGUAAAGAUACUGCUGAUGGCUCUAACGAAGCUUAUGGAAAUGGCGACAUUAGUGUUAGUCUUAACUAUGCGGACGAAAAGUAA